AACAGUACCAGCUGGUUUGUUAAACAAAUGUGUUACUAGUGAAGCAGUUCGUAGUGAAACAUCUUCCCAUCAAGCUUCAUCUGAGAUGUUGGCUCUACCAGUGCCUACUGCAUCUGUGAUUAGUACAAGUGUUCUUGGAAGAGGAGUUCCUUCUGCUACUGUUGCUCCAUCUCUUGUAACCUCUUCUUGUAAAGAGAUCCGUCCACAAAACCAUGGUUCAGCAGUUUGCCCAUCUCAAGUGCUUUUUGGCUCUUCUGUUCUGAAUACUCCACAAGUUCCGGGAAGUUGCAUGAAUGGAUAUAUUUCAAACUUCAAUCCUACUUUAGCUACUUUGCCACCAGCUCUUCAGCAUGUUUCCCAAACCAGUGGUACAAUAAUAACUCCAACAGGUCUCUUGCAGACACCCUCAGAAGUAUCAGCUCAGACAGCAACAUAUCCUUGUGGAAUUUUAAACCAACCUAUUGUUCAACCCAGUGGUAUCAUUACAGGUCAGCAGUUAAUUCUUAACCAGCAGGGCCAGGUAAUAUCCUUUAGUGGAAAUCCACUUCUAACAGCAACAGGGGUCCAACCACAGAAUGCUUUACCAUCUGCUCUACUUCUUCCAAACGGACAGAUUAUUCCAGUUGUCAGCCAGCCAUCUGUUGUGUAUGCAAAUCCCUCUGGUGGAGUAAAUAGCAAUUUCAUUUUGCCUCCAUCUGCCACACAAACAAACAUGCCUGUUGCACCAAUUAUAAGUACAGGGAUGCCUUCUCAUGGAAAUGAUGUGAUUACAAACAAUAUGUUUUGUAACACAUCAGGAACUUCAUGUAGCAACAUAACACAAAAAACUAUGUUCCAAGUUGAUCUUGAACAACCUGUUUCCAGUUCAAACAUUUCUGGAUCUUCAUUUCAGGAAGUUCCUGAGAAGAGUAGUCAUUCAACGAGUAAUAGUAAAAAUAGUAAAGGAAAAGGACACCUUGGUGCCUCUCAUGAGAGCAUGUCAGAGAAAAUAGCUACAACUAAAACACACACAAAAAAACCUAAGAAUACAUCAUCAAUAAGUGGAGAUAAAAAUGGAGUACCUGAAGUUCAGGCUUCAAAAACUUCAAAAAGUAGCACUGGAACUUGUAAAGUCUCCCAAAGACCCAUUAAACCCAAACCAUCUCCAAAACAGAUAAAUUCGAGUGUUUGUAGGUCUGGCCACAAAAAGACUGCUACAGCUAAUUCACAAAGAAUACCUGCUGUAAGUUCCAAUACUAUUCCAUUGACACAUGAAACAGCUUGUGCUAAUAAUUGUUUGACCAGUCUGUUGGAUUCUAGGUGUUCUCAAGAAGGUUUGACAUCAUCAGUUACUAACAGUAGACAACCUCAGCCUGCCUAUGACAAUGAGGAUGUUCCAAACUGUACAUCUGAGAAGAAUACCCUUCUUGGCUUAUCUGAGUCCCAGCCACUCUCCUCUUGUUCAGACUUAUCGGAAUCACAUUCAAACAGAACAACAGACAUUUUGGCAAAGGCUACAGAAUCUAUAUUUUCAAAUACCAUGGGAGAGCUAUCACAGGUUAUUCCAGAUUUUAACGACUCAACAUCUUUAGGUGAUGCAGAAGAAGAAGCUACAAGACAGCUGAAAAAAAGAAAUGAAAUUACUACUUGCAAUGUGGAAAGUUCCUCAAAUAGUCCAGUAGAACAGCAAAGUCAUUGUUCUGAACCUAGGAAGGAUGUUCAGAAAUCCUGCAAAAACCGAAAGACAGCUCAAAGUGUUUUCAGUUCAGUGAAAGAAAAUGUUUUAGAACAGGGCUUAACUGCUACUAAAAGUGAUUCUAACAUUAUAAAUGAAAGUAAUCUUGAAUCUAGAAAAGCAAAAACUUUAAAAAAUGCUUCAAAUGAUAAUGGAAAAAGAGCUGUAAAUGAAAGUCCCACUGGUGGAGACCUUUUUUCAGUGAAUCAGAAUACUCCACCCUUAAAAAGGUUAAGAUCUCAAAAUGAUCUUGGAACAGAAAUAACUGCUAUUCAGGUAAGUCAUACAAAUUCAGUUGUUUCUCUCACUGAGAAGGUUACUACAUGCAUUUCCAGUGGGAGAUCAGAUGAGUUUGGACAGAAAUCAAGGAGUACUGUGCUUGGUAGUAGCACAAAAAGGCAGGAAGUGCCAAUAAAUUCAAGCCUUCAUAAUAUUGAAAAGAAGUCAGAAAGUGAAGCUUCUACAGUAAAUGAUAAAGAUGUUCCACCUAGUUCUUUCUGUACUGUUCCAGAAGUUGACAAAUGCUCAAGUACAGUUAAUGACAUAACAGAAAUUAGUUGUGUUGGAAAUCAAGAAAAUUCCUCUGAACUGCCUUCUUUGUUGUUAGGAGGUAUGACAGAGGACAGUGAUGUUCCUUCUUCACUAAAUGGUGGAUCAAACCCGAGUUUGCCUUUUUUGAGUCUAUCACCACCUGAACAUUUUGGUUUGGACUUGCAUGGUAAAGAUGCUUCUGAUCACAACCACAACAUGUUUAAUUUACAGAACAUAUUAUCUUCAACAGAUCAAAAUUCUAGAAAUGAUCCUGAAAGAGGUGAACAUGUUUCAUCAAAAAUGCUAACUGAAACAAACAAAAGGCAAAAGGAUCUACCACAGCCUUUGCAAAACCCAUUAAAUAAUCAUAACACCUCCAUGAGAAGUUCAGGAAUAGGAGGGUGCUCUAUGCCAAAUGAACAGUUUAGCUCUGUACAACAACUUGAAGUAUCAUCAAGUACAUCCAAUACUUUUUAUCCACCCACCCAACUAAAGUAUACUUCAGGGUCACAGUUAAAUGCUUCAAUAUCUUCACAUUCUUUCCCAGCAAACAGUGGUAUAGCAACAGAAAAAUCUCCAAAUAUUUUUUCAGCAUCUUCUGACAUGUCUGCAUCACAAAAGAAUAUUAUAACCCCUAUGUCUCAGAUUAGUUACCAAGGGUCUGCUUCACCUCCAUUGUUAUCUAGAAGUUAUGGAUCACAUCAUAGUUCCAAUUCUGUGGGAGGCCUCAGCUCUCCUUCUUCACUUCCUCAAACACUUUCAGUUAACAAUAAUUCUGCUUCUAAAGAUCAGCAUAUUCAACCAAAACUUCUUUCUCCUUGUGCUUCAGGUAACUCGCAUAUGCAACAAAAUCAAAAUCCAUCAAAUAGGUUUAGGCAAAGAUCAGAAAGAAGGCUUUCAGUAUCAAAACCUACUUCUCGCCAAGCGGCUCAAGUGUCCUCUGUUUCCAACAUUGUUCCAUCUCCUGUUCCUCGAACACUGAUUCCAUCUCCUCCAACCACAAGCAUUUCCAACAGUUCUUUUGCAAAUAGGUCAGUUGCAUUGCAAGGAAGCCCCUCACUGUCUCGCUAUUCAGCAGAAGCUCUGAUUGGAAGUGCUUCACCAGUACCUUCAAGUUCUGUAAUGUCUGUCUCAUCGGGAUCAUCAUUUACAUCAUCAAGUAAAUCAAACACUCAAGUCCCCAGUUCACAAACACAUGUUCAGAAGACUUCUGCAGAGCAGUGUAUGACAACAACCCUUUCUUACUCUGCUGAGAGUCUUAUACAGACACAGUCUUCUGGAGAUAAAAGACAAGACAAUCAACCAAGAAACUCAAACCACUUACACCAAAAUGGGCAAAUGAACAAUAGUCAUAUGUUUCAAGCUUCUCAGCAGCAUGCAUACAUAAAGUCUUUUGUGUCAGCUCCAUCCCGAGAAAAUUCAAAUACAUUUUUAUUUAGUGUGCCCUCAGAGAUUCGUCACGAGUGCCCCCCUCUCUUACAAGUUCCAUCAUCAUCUUCACAAUCUGCUUCACCAAGGUUUGCAUCUAAUUUUAUAUUUCAAGGGAACUCAUCUAAUGUUCAUCCUAACAACAUUGCUAAUGGAAUGACACAACAUGAUAUGAGAAAUUGCAGUUUAGGAGCAAAUCCACAGUGCUUCCUUCCUCAACAUCCCUCUUCUUUGUCAUCAGACCCCACUUCUACCUCAAAUCCACCACAACCUGCAGGAGGUGGUCCACCUCCAAUACCUCCUCAGCCAUAUCCAGAGUUUGCACUUAGUUUAGGAAAUGGGGAUGGUAAUGUUGUUAUGAACCCACCUUACCACAGACCUAUGACUAAUAGUCACAACUUUAAUACAUCCUUUUCAACUUGCUUGCAGAACUUGCCAGGAAAUAACCUUACAAGUAAUAUCUCCCAUCAAAACCAAAGAGACAACUUCUUGGCCAAUUCCAAUGCACCAUCAGGCCAUUCUGGACCAUUUUUUCAAGUGCCAGAUACUAAUUUUCCAGUGCUGACAAACCCAUCAUCAUUAUCAGAUCAGUCUCGUGCUAGUAACAACCUUGGCAGAACUUCUUUUUUAGGAAAUUGUCCACAGUCAUCACAAAAUCAUUUGGUCAAUAAUUUUUUCCCUGGACAUUUCAUACCAGGUAUAAGUGACCAGAAGAAUGAACCAUUACCUCAGAGGGGAGCUCACAGACUUCCCUCUGUCAAUGAUAUGAGCAAGCCAACAUCUCGAGAGCCUAGAAAUUCAUCACAUUCACGAACUUUAGGCCCUGGACAAAACAAACAAAAUUCAUCCAAAAAUAACAAAGGUUCAAGAAAAAAUAAGAAUCAGUCUUCAGCAGAAAAUCCAUCUCAGCACACACACCCUGUUUUUGAUGGUAACCGUAAUGUGAAUGUUGCAUCCUGUCUUCCAACUCCUGAGUUACCAAAUCCUAGAAAUGAUGUAACACCUUGUGCCAACAGUCGGUGCUUUGGUGUUUCACAAAAAGCCAGUGCACCAUCCACUCCAUCUUUACCAGGACAGUCUCCAAAAAAUAUCUCGAACAGUCAACAUAUUGGGACAGACAUUGGAAAUGCUUUGUUCAGGUCACAAGUACACAAUUCUUUAAACCAAAGCUCAGAUUUUAGCACAGCUUCACUACAUCGAUUGUCUUCUUCUGCAGUUACCGUUACUUCUUCGAUCACUUUAGGUUCCCACAACAGCAGUAUAUGCAGCCAUCAUGUUCCUAACUUUAAUUUGAGCAAUAUUAUUCCUGACAUCAAUACAUCGUCUGCAGAAAAUGUUCGACUUUCUCCAAUCAAAUUUAACCCUUCGGGUCAUAUUAUUCCUCCUCCUCCUCCUGCACAAACUCAAGUGCAACCAGCCAAUAAUAUGAAUGGCCUGGGGCAUGCUGGUCAUCACCAAAACAAUCACGCGCCUCCUCCUCUGUACCAUGGGAGGACCCAUCCGUCUGUAAUACACAAUAGUAUGAGCUUUAAUACAUUUUUGGGACACAACACUCAUGGUUUUGAUGGGCGGCCACCUGCACAGAUGCCUGUAGGAAUAAACAGUACAGUGGCUCCUCCUCCUCCACAUUUUGCUCCAACCCCUGGCCAUACACCGUCCUUUGGAAAUGCAAUUCACAGUUUAAAUUUCUCCAUGCAUGACCAGUGAUGAAUCAUUAUUAUGUUGUUAUGUUUAUGUGCAAAAUAUUUAUAUGUGUUUGCAUUGAAAUAAUUAUAAUUGAUAGAAAAUUGGCAGGAAGUUCCAAAUUUAUAAAGGAAAGACUGCUUUGGUAUAUAUACCUUGAAAAACAUUUUUCCAGGUAUACUGUGGACAUGAACUGUGUAAGAUAUUGUACAUAUAUAAUUUAGUGCUAAUGUUUGUUCAUCUUCAGCACCAGUUUAUUUUAGUUACUAUGUGUGUGUAAUCAAUCACAAAUGUCUUUUAGGAUUAUCUAACGAUAAUUUAAAUUUCAUGUAUAAAUGGUUUAUCUUAUAUGAUGAACUGUACAAAAUAUUUUAUAGAAAUUUUCUACUUCAAGUUUUAUUUUAGUACUACAGAGAAUAAUGUAGUAUAUGUUUUGUGUAAGUAAAACUUAUUUAACUGUCUUUACAAAUAUUAAGCUCGUGUAUAGAACUUAAAAGAGCUUCAACUUAUUUCUGUAAUAUGGAAAAGUCAUUUGUACAGAAAAAAUUAACAUGUACAAUGAAUGCUUUGUAGACAUCUUUUGCCAAUUCAAAGAACAAUAUUAAUGAUAAAAAGUUCUAAUACAUAUGUCAAUGUUUUAUGUACAACUUUUAAUGAUAUUAUUUUAGUUGUUGGCUCUAAACUUGAAGAUUUACCAGCUUGAGUUAUGUCUAUUAAAAUUGACCAUUUUUGAACAAAAAAAGAAAAUGUAACUUAAUGUAUAUUAUUUUAGUUCAAGUCUGUUUUUGUGUCAACUUCGAUGGGAAACCCAUUCAUUUGUAUAUACUUCCUUUCAUUUAUACACAUUUAGCAUCACAUAUUUUACUUUAUGUUCCGGUCCACGUUAAGAUGUAAAAUUCGACAAAGCUCAGCAAAUGUGUCAACGUUGGUACAGUGGAUACAGCUGUAAAUAUGUUUACCACGUGCUUAUCAUAUGGUCUUUGUUCAUGAUCAUCUCUGUGUAAAAAUUACAAUAAACUUGUAUUUUCAUUCUGAAUUAGCUUUCCUCAUGAACAUCGUUAUUGUUUUCAGUGGUACUUUGUGCUUUAAGCUGCCUUUACUGUGAAAGUCAAGUGUAAUUAUUUAACCAAUAAACUGAAGGUUGUGAAUGCUUUG